CAACAAAAAGAGAGAAUAUAUGGAUGAAUAUUUUUAUUGAAUUUUUCUUUUUAGAUUUUUUGUUAGAGUUUUGGGUUUUCCUUUUUCUCUGCAGCUAGAAAACAAAAUAGUAAACCAGCUUUCAGAAAGCAGAAGAUAGAUUAAAGAAGGUGAAGGUUAAUACAAUAGUCUGCUAGCUCAUGGAUAUAUAUAUAUAUAUAUAUGGUAGUUUAUUUGGUAUCCCAAUGUAUGACUGACUUUGCUUAGCUUUUCCCCUCGAGAAGUUUUCAGAAAAUCUCUUCUGGGUUUUUUCGUUUCUUUGAGAGAACUGAACCAAAAAAGAAAAAAAAAUGAAGUCUUUGAGUAAUGAUGGGUCUGGCAGCAAUAAUAAUGGAAACUGGUUGGGUUUUUCCCUGUCUUCUCACUCCAAUAAUCCUUCUUCGGUUUCUUCUUCCAGUUUAGCCCACUCUAUUAACUAUAGUAAUGCGAAUGCCAUUUACUAUGGGCUUGAAGGUGAGAAUGCAGCAGGGCUGUUGUCUUCUUUGUCUGUAAUGCCUCUCAAGUCUGAUGGCUCUCUUUGUAUUAUGGAAUCUUUCAGCAGGUCACACCCCCAAGGUUUGGUGAUUCCAACCCCCAAGCUUGAGGAUUUCUUUGGGGAUGCAACAAUGGCCCCCCAUCACUAUGAUGACAGAGGUGGUGGGAUGAGUUUGAGCUUGGACGGUCAAGAUUUCCUCAACCAUCUUCAAGAUUACUCUGCAAUGAGAGGUGGGCAUGAGGUUCAGCUCCCAACAAUGCCAGAAAACCAAAUGUCUGCAACUGUUGGGCUAAAGAAUUGGGUUGCCAGGGGCUUUUCUGGGGAGCAUGUGAUGAAUGAAAAUAAUGGUGGAGAGUCUGGUGGAGCUAUUGGAGCUAUGGGAUAUGGAGAUUUUCAGUCUCUGAGCUUAUCUAUGAGCCCUGGCUCACAGUCAAGCUGUGUCACUGCCACACACCACCAAAUCACACCCACUGUUACUCAGUGCUUGGCCCCUGAAACCAAGAAAAGAGGGGCUGAUAAGGUGGUGGAUCAGAAACAGAUUGCUCAUAGGAAAUCCUUUGACACAUUUGGGCAAAGAACAUCUCAGUACAGAGGUGUUACUAGGCACAGAUGGACUGGAAGAUAUGAAGCUCACUUGUGGGACAACAGUUGUAAGAAAGAAGGACAGAGCAGGAAAGGGAGGCAAGUUUAUCUAGGGGGCUAUGACAUGGAAGAAAAGGCAGCAAGGGCUUAUGAUUUGGCUGCAAUCAAAUACUGGGGACCAUCUACCCAUAUCAAUUUCCCACUGGAGAACUAUCAUCAAGAGAUAGAAGAAAUGAAGAACAUGACCAGGCAAGAAUAUGUUGCCCACCUAAGAAGAAGGAGCAGUGGCUUCUCAAGGGGAGCUUCCAUCUAUAGAGGAGUCACAAGACACCAUCAACAUGGAAGAUGGCAAGCUCGAAUAGGCCGAGUUGCCGGAAACAAAGAUCUUUAUCUGGGAACAUUCAGCACGCAGGAGGAAGCGGCGGAGGCUUAUGAUAUUGCGGCGAUCAAGUUUCGAGGUUUGAAUGCGGUCACGAAUUUCGACGCUUCGAGGUACGAUGUGGAGCGGAUAAUGGCGAGUAGCACGCUUCUCACCGGCGAACAAGCGCGUCGGAGCAAGAACAACAUCACGGCGGCGUAUAACCAAAAACCCGGCGGCGGCGGCGGUGAUGAUUUCAGAAGCUCGUGUUUAGGGUUAGAGGGGACGAUGGAUACGAUGAUGAUGAUGAAGACUAAUAAUAAUAUUAAUCAUCUGUCCAAUGCUUCUUCGUUGGUAAACAGCGUUGAAAGUUCCCGGGAAGGCAGCCCCGACAAGACGGCCCCGCCGGCGGUGCACUUUCAGUCGCCGGCGGCGGCGAAUUUCUACGGAACAAGUAGUGGUGUGAGUAAUGUGAAUUCUUGGAUUUCGUCGGCGGCGGCGGCGCAGCUGAGGUGUCCUGUGCCGGUUUUCGCUGCAUGGACAGAUGCAUAGCUAUCAUGGUUAACGUUAAUUGUCUGAAACAUCGGAGAUCUUUUCUCAUGAUGACGAUCAAAGAUGACCUAGCUUAGCUAGAUUCGUUGUACGAGGUUUUUCGGAUUUACUACUGCUUAAAUAUUUGGGUGGCCUGGGUUAAUUAAUUUAAAUGAAAAAUAGCUAGCUAGCUAGCUAGCUCUUGUAACCUACGUUACGUUCUUCAAUUCAUUUUUUCUUGGACA